AUGGAGGAUAAUAGUAAAGUUCCAGAAAAUGCAAAUGAGAAUUGCCCUGGUCUAGGCUCUUCAAAUGCUGGAAAAGAGUCUUCAUGAGCUGGCUGUCCUAAUCAAUCAGCUUGUGCUUCAGGGGAAGCGGCUAAGGAAGAUCCAGCUGUGGCUGAAGUUGCAGCAAAGCUCUCGAAUGUUAAACACAUCAUUCUCGUACUCUCUGGGAAGGGAGGAGUAGGUAAGAGCACAGUUAGCUCUCAAUUAGCUCAGACACUCGCUAUGGACGACGAGCUUAAUAUUGGACUGCUUGACAUCGAUAUCUGUGGUCCUAGCGCUCCAAGAAUGAUGGGCCUCGAAGGCCAAGAAAUACAUCAGAGCAAUGAGGGAUGGAGUCCAGUAUACGUUGAAGAUAAUUUAGCAGUUAUGAGUGUAGGUUUCUUACUUCCAAGCAAGAACGAUGCCAUUAUCUGGAGAGGCCCAAGGAAGAACGGUCUUAUUAUGCAGUUCUUGACUGAUGUAGUCUGGGAUAGCUUGGAUUACCUCAUUAUCGAUACUCCUCCUGGAACUUCGGAUGAGCAUAUCUCUAUUAUUAAAUAUCUUAAAUCUGCUAAUGUGGCAGGAGCUGUUGUUGUCACAACACCUCAAGAAGUAGCUUUGCUGGAUGUCAGAAAAGAACUUAGCUUCUGAGCAAAGACAGAAACACCUGUGUUAGGAGUAGUUGAAAACAUGAGCGGGUUUAUCUGCCCUAAAUGUUCUCAUGAGUCUCAAAUUUUUAAGCCUGUAUCGGGAGGAGCAGAAGCAAUGUGUGAUGAACUAGGAUACGAACUCUUGGGAAAAAUUCCACUGGACCCAGAUGUACUUAUGGCAACUGAGGGAGGAAAAUGUUUUUACAGAGAGAAGCCAGAGAGUCUUACAAGUACUGCCUUCAAAAACAUAGUUGAUAAAAUUGUAGACAAAUGUAACUCAGAAGUGAAGGAAGAUGCUGAAAUGUCAUAA